AACGUAUUCAGUAGUACAUAUCACUUCUUACAAAAUUACAGUUUGUUUCCAGUUUCCUAACUGCAGUUUAUGGAAGUCCCCCUAGAAUCCCUAAGACAUCGAAUCACCAUGGAUUCAUCAGAGCAACAGGAGACAGUCAGCGUUCCAGGUGGUUGCGUUGUUAAGGAUUGCAAGCGUUGGCAGGAUGUCGUUGCAGUGAUUUUGAAUGUGCUUAUGACGCUCUUUUUUUACUUUUUCGACGUGUUCUACGUAAUGCCGCAAUUUUUGGGAAUCUUUGGACAGACGGUUCAUUUUCUGGUUAGCACUUGGAUAGUCUACAACAUACUAGGAAAUUUAAGGGCCUGCAUCGGGACGAUGAACUCGGUGUACACCUUGCCACCGGAAAUGCAACAGCCAGCGGAGGGAGAGGAGCAUUUGUGGCAUUUCUGUGACCUCUGCCAGAGGUCAGUGCCGCCAAGGUCGUGGCACUGCAAGACCUGCAAAACUUGCAUUCUGAAGCGGGAUCACCAUUGCAACUUUGUGGGCAACUGUGUGGGCCACAACAACCAUCGGUACUUUCUGUGGUUCUCGUUCUACGCGACCAUCGGCAGUCUACUGGCCCUCGCCGAUAAUACUUUGCUCGCCAAUAAGUACGACAUUGGAAUCAUGGAUAUAAUUACGAUUAAUUUCAUUAUCUAUGAGGAGUUCAUGAACCCUGGUACCCAUGAUUUGGGCCUUCAUAUCGGCGUAAGAAUGCUCUUGGGCAUGAACUUUGUGGCUAUCGCACUUCCGGGCUGCCUUGCAGUCACAACACUAAUGACCAUCCGAUAUAACUCGGUGAUGUAUAAAACCUUUGAUAAAACUUACGAUCUGGGUUUGUGGAAAAACAUAGCUGAGGUCCUGGGACGUCGUCGAUUAUGGACCCUCCUAUCGCCCAGCAUCAAGAGUCCUCUGCCCCACAAUGGCACCCAAUGGCAAUCGAAGAAUAGCGUCUAGCUUUAUUUUAUUAUCGUUGUUGUCACAGAUUAUACUUUACUUUGCAUCCCACA